CGCCAUCUUUGUUGAUGUGUCAGCUCUGCGGGGGUUUGGGGAAGCCGCGGCGGAGGGAGCUUGGUGUCGGCCUUGUUCCUCACCGCUGCCCCCCGCCUCCGCACUUCCUGUUCUUCUGGACCCCUUUACGGAGAAGUUGGCCCCUACGCGGGAAUUCCAAUGGCCUCUUUAGGGGUGUGGCCUAAGGCUCGAAGAAGUGGGAUGUAAAACGAAGAUCAGGAACAGCUUUGAAGAGAUGCAAAGUGAAUUGGUGCCAGUCAGCAUGUCAGAAACAGAGCACAUAGCCUCCAUUUCCUCUGAUCAAAAUAUUGAGAAAACAUCUGAAAUAAAGGAAGACUCAUGCAAUUCGUUUUCUGGUGAUGAAAAUAGCAGCUUAGAAAAUGAGUCCAAACUGUUGUCAUUAAAGUUUGAUAAAACUUUAUGUCAGCCUAGUGAACACAAUAAUCAAACUGAAACACAGGAGAAUUAUAUUCCAGAUCAUGGUGGAGGUGAGGAUUCCUGUGCUAAAACAGACAUAUGCCCAGAAAAUUCUGAACAAAUAGCUAAUUUUCCUGGUGGAGAUUUUACAAAGCAAGUUUUGAAAACAAAUGAAGCAGAACAAACAGUAACACAAAUAUUGGCGGAAUUAAGGUCAUCUACAUUUACAGAAGCAGCUAAUCAAAAGACCUAUUCAGAAAGUCCUUAUGAUACAGACUGCACCAAGAAACUUAUUUCAAAAAUGAAGAAUGUUUCAACAUCAGAGGAUUUGUUGGAAGAAAUAGAAUCUGAGCUCUUAUCUACUGAGUUUGCAAAAGAACACCGACUACCAAAUGGAAUGAAUAAGGGAGAAAAUGCAUUAGUUAUGUUUGAAAAGUGUGUGCAAGAUAAGCAUUUGCAGCAGGAGCAUACCAUAAAGAAGUUAAUUAAAGAAAAUAAGAAGCAUCAGGAGCUUAUCUUAGACAUUUGUUCAGAAAAAGACAAUUUAAGAGAAGAACUAAAAAAAAGAACAGAAACAGAGAAGCAGCAUAUGAACACAAUUAAACAGUUAGAAUCAAGAAUAGAGGAACUUAAUAAAGAAGUUCAAGCUUCCAAAGAUAAAGUACUAGCUCAAGACAUUGCAACUAAAAAUGCAAUUCAGCAAUUACACAAAGAGAUGGCCCAUCGGAUGGAACAGGCCAACAAGAAAUGUGAAGAGGCACGCCAGGAAAAAGAAGCAAUGGUAAUGAAGUAUGUAAGAGGCGAGAAGGAAUCUUUAGACCUUCGAAAGGAAAAAGAGAUACUUGAAAAAAAACUUAGAGAUGCAAAUAAAGAAUAUGAGAAAAACACUAACAAAAUUAAGCAACUUUCUCAGGAGAAAGGACGGCUGCACCAGCUGUACGAAACAAAGGAAGGUGAAACUACUAGACUCGUCAGAGAAAUAGACAAAUUAAAGGAAGAUAUCAACUCUCAAAUCAUUAAAGUAAAAUGGGCACAAAACAAAUUAAAAGCAGAAAUGGAUUCACACAAGGAAACCAAAGAUAAACUCAAAGAGACAACAACAAAAUUAACUCAAGCAAAGGAAGAAGCAGAUCAAAUUCGGAAAAAUUGUCAGGAUAUGAUAAAAACAUAUCAGGAAUCAGAAGAAAUUAAAUCAAAUGAGCUUGAUGCCAAGCUUAGAGUCACAAAAGGAGAACUUGAAAAACAAAUGCAAGAAAAAUCUGACCAGCUAGAAAUGCAUCAUGCCAAAAUAAAGGAACUAGAAGAUCUGAAGAGGACAUUUAAGGAGGGCAUGGAUGAGCUACGAACACUGAGAACAAAGGUAAAAUGUCUAGAAGAUGAACGAUUGAGAACAGAAGAUGAAUUAUCAAAAUAUAAAGAAAUUAUUAAUCGCCAAAAAGCUGAAAUUCAGAAUUUAUUGGACAAAGUGAAAAUUGCAGGUCAGAUACAGGAGCAGCAUCAAAGAGGUAAACAAGAAAUUGAAAAUUUGAAGGAAGAAGUGGAAAGUCUUAAUUCUUUGAUUAAUGACCUACAAAAAGACAUCGAAGGCAGUAGGAAAAGAGAAUCUGAGCUACUACUGUUUACAGAAAAGCUCACUAGUAAGAAUGCACAACUUCAAUCUGAAUCCAAUUCUUUGCAGUCACAGUUUGAUAAACUUUCCUGUAGUGAAAGUCAGUUACAAGGCCAAUGUGAACACAUGAAACAGACAAAUAUUAAUUUGGAAAGUAGAUUGUUAAAAGAAGAAGAACUGCGAAAAGAGGAAGUCCAGACUCUGCAAGCUGAACUCACUUGUAGACAAACCGAAGUCAAAACAUUGAGUACCCAGGUCGAAGAAUUAAAAGAUGAAUUAGUAACUCAAAGACGUAAACAUGCCUCUAGUGUCAAGGAUCUUACCAAACAACUUCAGCAAGCACGAAGAAAGUUAGAUCAGGUUGAGAAUGGAAGCUAUGAUAAAGAAGUCAGCAGCAUGGGAAGUCGUUCUAGUUCAUCAGGGUCCCUCAAUGCUCGAAGCAGUGCAGAAGAUCGAUCUCCAGAAAAUACUGGGUCGUCAGUAGCUGUAGAUAACUUUCCAGAAGUAGACAAGGCCAUGCUGAUUGAGAGGAUAGUAAGGCUGCAAAAGGCACAUGCUCGGAAAAAUGAAAAGAUAGAAUUUAUGGAGGAUCACAUCAAACAAUUGGUGGAAGAAAUUAGGAAAAAAACAAAAAUAAUUCAGAGUUACGUUUUACGAGAAGAAUCAGGCACACUUUCUUCAGAGGCAUCUGAUUUUAACAAAGUCCAUUUAAGUAGACGGGGUGGCAUCAUGGCAUCUUUAUACACAUCCCAUCCAGCUGAUAGUGGAUUAACAUUGGAACUCUCUUUGGAGAUCAACCGAAAACUACAGGCUGUUUUGGAGGAUACGUUAUUGAAAAAUAUUACUUUGAAGGAAAAUCUGCAAACACUUGGAACAGAAAUAGAACGUCUUAUUAAACACCAGCAUGACCUAGAGCAGAGGACGAAGAAAACCUAACACAAAGUUCUUCCUCAGUAAACAGACAAAAGCUACACAAGGAGCAGGUGCCAUUGCCCAGUAUUGUUGGAAACUUUUCCCUGCUUUGUGUGUCAGCCAGUAAAAAAUUUGUUUUGCUUCAUCUGUAUAAAAAAGUACCUUUUUACAAUACAAGUGCAUUGCUGUGUAUACUGUAAGAAUGUAAGCUUUGAUGAAACUUGUUUUUGUGUGGUGACAGCCUGUCAUUGAAUCAGAACAACUUAUUUAAUUUGCUGAUAGUCAUAUGAAGUGCUGAACAUUAUGACAAGGGCUUUUGAAAACCCCUUCUCCGUAUUUCUUCCCUUUAAAAUAUAUAAUCUCAAAAAUGAUUUCACUUUUUAAAAUUAUGCAUGAAAGGACAGGUGUUAAUCAUUCAGUAAUAUGCUGUUUCUCCAACAUGAAGAAAACUAAAGAAGUGAUUAAAAACUUGUUUUCUUUCUAAUAUAACAUUUGCUUGUGUGUUAGGGAUGCCAAUGAGUUCUUAAACCAUUUGAUUUUAAUGGAAGCUAAUAGGAAAGCUAGCUUUUGGUAACUAGCAAUGAUCAGGCAUUGUAUGCCCCUGUCAGGUUUCCUUAUUUGUGCUAGGUACAUUUUUUUCAGAUUCGAAUUGAGUUAAUAGUUGAGUUUUUUAAAUCUCCAGUUACAUAAAAUAUGAUUUUAAAUAAUCUGCUCAUUUAGAGAAUUCCUGUGGACUUCAGUUAUAUUUUAAAAUGUGAAAUGGAUAAGUCUCAUUAGAACAGAGAGAUGAAUAAUGGAUUCUUUGAAACUGAAGUACUUUAGUUUUACUGACAUCAAGUAUAAAGAUAAAUUUAAGAUAUUUAUAAAGAACCAGUUCCCAAGAAAAUCCAGCAUAUGGCACUGUUAACCAUUUUAUCUGUUCACCAUUCUUUACUGUUGGUAUAAUUACAUAUUAUAGUGGGGUGAUCUUACAGUCCCCAGAUAUGAUGUGUUUGGUAUAUUUAUUUAAAAUACAAAAUAAUUACAUCUCCGUAACCAAAGGAAUUUUAGAACCAAAUUUAUGUAUCCUGUUGGAGUUUUACAAUAUUUAUGAUGUACACUUAAAUGUUGACAGUCAUAGUAUCAGUAUUUCUGUCAUUGAAUUUUUUUCUCACCUCUUGUAAUUUCUCACUUAUUUUAAUUUGUGUGUGUGGUUUUUCACAUUUCAUUAUAUUCAGAUAAUUUCUGUAGUAGAUACCUUGGCACAUACACAGAUGUUGCAGCAAGCCUCAUUUUCGUUUUGGAUUUUCGCCAACUUCUUUCUCCCCUUAACAGAAUUAAGCUUUGCGGUGGAUUAAAAGCCUUUAAAGAAU